AUCGAAGGAAUUAAUUUCAACCGUAUUUCCUCUCUGUAGUGUUCCUUCAUUCCUUUCCUUUCCUUUCAUCAACAACAAAACAAAUCUCUUACAUACUAUCAUGGCUUCUGCUUCUGCUUCUGCUGCUGCUGUUUCCACUUCCUUCCUUCUCACCAAAUCCGCAUCAUCUUCAUCCAUGAAUCACUCUCAUUUGAAGAUCAAACCACCCACCUUGUUUCCCAAUCGGAGGAGAAUGCUUCUUUCUUCUUCUUCUUCAACCACUAGGCCUUUCAUUGUGAGAGCUGCUUAUAGUGAUGGUGGAAGGCCCAACAGUGCUAGCGUCUUUGUUGGUGGCUUUAUCUUGGGAGGAUUGGUCGUUGGAGCUCUUGGCUGUGUGUAUGCACCUCAGAUCAGCAAUGCUUUAACUGGAACUGAAAGGAAGGAGUUGAUGAGAAAACUGCCAAAGUUCAUAUAUGAUGAAGAAAAGGCUUUAGAGAAAACACGGAAAGUACUGGCUAAUAAGAUUGAACAGUUGAACUCGGCUAUAGAUGAAAUUUCUUCUCAGCUUCGGUCAGGGGAUACCCCAAAUGGGGUAGCUGUGAACUCUGAUGAAGUUGAAGCUGCCACAUGAGACCGUUGCUGUGAUCGCCAUUACACUGUUCGAUGAAAACAUCGUUGGUACAAAUUCCAUUUUGAAUUUCUUGUAAUAUCUUUGCAUUUCAUCAUAUAGUAAUAAACAAAGUUGAUGACAGCCUCCACUUAGGUAAAUUUGUCAUUUCGAUGGGAGGUUUCUUGUGCUCUAUUUAUGUCAGCAUUUUUUUCCUUUUUAGUGAAAGAAUAUGGAUAUAUCUAUUAGUUAACUGUUUAUGGUCUGCAUCUUUUUAAUAAUCAGCACUCAGUUGCUUAGACAGUGAACAAUAUCACUUUGGAUUCUCCAUAA